UAGCCAGUCACUCCAGGGAUUUGCAUGUUCAAGCCAACUUACUGCCCGAGGAGCUAAAGUUCUCUUGAGAGUCUAAACUAUACUGAUGGCAAGGGUGGGAUAGGACGGGUUAGAGUAAAAGAAAUAAUAUCCACAGAGACCGUCAUCGACUCGUCAUGUUGAUACCCGCGUUUGUCAUAAGGAUUAAGGAGCCAAAUCUGUCGCAUACUUGCUCUCGACGACGUCGGCAUCCUUGGUCAACUAUCACUGAAGAGCAAGGCAUUUGUAUUCACCUGAUCCUGUCCUUCUCUGUGCGGCGUUUAUGCAACCCCACCUUCGAACACACUCCGACUUCUUUGAUGUUCUUGACAUCUUGUGUCUCGAUCUUCCAGUCAAGGCCUUGAGUAUAGACUGGCCCAACAUGGAUUCUAGUCAUGGCUACUUGACGCGCAGCCGUAUGGCUAGGAUUCGUGAAAUCCAAAGCAACAGGAUCUGCAGCCUUCCUAUGGAGCUACUCGAAAUGAUCAUCGCCCAUCUCAGUAUCUUUGACGCUCACUCUUUACAUCAUACAUGCAGGUCACUCUACCAUAGGUGUACUCCGCAAAUUCCUCGGAUUGACCCGCACACGAUCGAGACCGAUCUUUCCCGGCCCCAUCUGCAGCAACUGACGAGGCUGACCGCAAGACAAGCCUUGUGUGUUCGAGAGCUGUCAAUUGCCAGCCUUUCCGGUAGGCCCUUGGGCCUUGGUUAUCCCGCUCCUACGCUGGCUCUCAGAAUGGAGGAACUAUGCGAUGCUUUGGAGCGAGUUCUCCAGUCGUUCGAAAAUUGCCGCACUAUCCGAAUAUCUGCAGCAAGCAUUAGGAACACCGAGGGGUGGAGGCACUGGAUGGGUGCUCUUGAUGCAGCUAUUGUGGUCAUACUGUCAUUAUCCGCGAUCAAGUCAACCACUUGCUCAGUCGAAUCGAUCACCUUAGACUUGAGGGCAAACAGCACCGCUGCACUCAUACGCGGUCGCUGUCAGCGGCUCGAAUAUCUUAUACAACACGUUGGCUUUCCUAGGAUUCCAUGGCCCCUCAAGGAGUUGUCGCUCUAUUUCAGUGCAGAUACGGUGAAGUUGUGUGAAUACAUCAUUCCUCUAACUCGCAACGGGUAUACAACGAAGAGAUGUUUCUUUGAUUUCGGCCAAGCAUACGCCGAACAAUUCGCCCUGACUUUGUUGAGCCGUGGCUACCAAUUUCAGGAGAUCCGACUGUGCAGUAUCAAAGGAAUGCGCUCUGCUACGCUCGAGCAAGCUUUAGCAUGUCAUUACACUACUUUGCGGAUCCUGCAAAUGAAGGAUAUCCAUUUUGAAUCUGUCGACUGGUUAUCUUUUCUGCGAUGCCUAAAAGAUGAAUAUCCUCAUGUGGAAGAAGUUGACCUUGUUCAGGGAGACGAUGCGGUCAAUCAGGGCGCUACAUUCACGCAGAAUUGGAGGUGGGUAAAAUGGCUCGACCAUCAAUUCAAUGUAACCUACACUGGUCCGAGAGCGACCUAUACUGGCCCGAAAGCGCAUCUGAUCCUCACAGCUCUUGCUACGCUGGCUCGUGAGGACGCCUCCCAAUUCAUCCUUGUCACACCCAGUCCAUAGAGAGGUAUCUCAUUAUCCAAUGAUUCUGAGAGAAGGGUCUGAAAUCAUGACUUUUGUCUACAUGAUGUGUAUUCGCUCGAGGCUGGUGUUUUGUUGUGCAGACAGUUGAUUGAUGACGCAGAUGUCAAUGUACAU